GUGCGCGCGUGCCGCGGUGAAGUUUAGUUUGCUUGAGCGUGGUGACGUCACAGGGCAGUUAAGCUAUACGAAAAUGCGCGCGCACCGGCGUACACAAGAAGUUGACGGUGAGAGCGGAAGUGCGCGUCUCCCGCGCACACGCUCUACUCCCACGUGCGCGCAUAAAACCGCACGGGGGGCGCCACAGGAUGGUCGUGAUCGGAGCCGGGAACGGGACCAUGAUCGACGAGCGGCUCGGUGAAGUACACCCGGACCCCACGGUCCCGGUGGGGCAGCUCACGUCGCGCCUGCUGGAUCUUGUCACCUCGGCGGAUGCGGUGAUGGAGUCUAACGGGACCGGCUGCGGGGAGCCCAUGCUGAGACAUGGCCGCGCAGAGAAGGUUCUGAUCGGCUCGGCUCUGACACUGCUUACACUGUGCACCAUCGGCGGCAACCUGCUGGUGGUCAUCUCGGUGUGCGCCGUCAAGAAGCUCCGGCAGCCGUCUAACUACCUGAUCGUCUCCUUGGCCGCCGCGGACCUCUCCGUCGCCGUGGCCGUCAUGCCCUUCGUCAGCGUCACUGACUUGAGCGGCGGCCGCUGGAGGUUCGGCCGCUGGUUCUGUAACGUCUUCAUCGCCAUGGACGUCAUGUGCUGCACCGCCUCCAUCUUGACCCUGUGCGCCAUCAGCAUCGACAGGUAUUUGGGAAUCACCAAGCCGCUGACGUAUCCGGUUCGCCAAAAUGGCCGCUGCAUGGCCAAGACGGUGGCGUGGGUGUGGCUGCUGUCAGCCUCGAUCACCCUUCCCCCCCUCUUCGGCUGGGCCCAGAAUGUCAACGACGGGCGCGUGUGCCUCAUCAGUCAGGAUGUGGGCUACACAGUCUACUCCACUGCCAUGGCCUUCUACAUUCCUGUGUCCGUCAUGCUCUUCACGUAUUCGCGGAUCUACCGUGCGGCCAAGCUGAGUGCCGCCAAGCACACCAUCGCCGCCUUCCCCCGGGAGGAGGACUCCACAGAAACAGGAAGCGCCAAGGAGACCGAGGAAGAGGAAGUGGACUGCGUGUCGGCGGCGUUGAAGCUGCAGCAGGAGGUGGAGGACGAGUGCGGCCAGCGCAUUUCCCGCUUCCUCAAGAGCGGCGAGCAGCGGUGGCAGCGACGCGGCAGGAAGAACCAGUCCAUCUUCAAACGGGAGCAGAAGGCGGCAGCCACGCUGGGCAUCGUAGUUGGCGCCUUCAUCGUGUGCUGGCUGCCGUUCUUCCUGCUGUCCACCGCCAGGCCUUUCGUGUGCGGUGUGGCGUGCAGCUGUAUGCCGAUGUGGCUGGAGAGGACACUCCUAUGGUUGGGAUACGCCAACUCCCUCAUCAACCCCUUCAUCUACGCCUUCUUCAACAGAGACCUGCGUGCCACCUACAGGAACCUCCUGCGCUGCCGCUACCGCAACAUCAACCGCAAGCUGUCUGCCGCCGGCGUGCACGAGGCGCUCAAGCUGGUGUACGAGCCCCGCACCACCGUCCGACCACCGCCGCCGCCAUGACGACCAACGUGGAUGCCUGAUGAACACGUCAUAUGACAACAAACUUUUUUUGUUUUAUAUGAGAAGGCUUUGCCUACUACAUCCAGAAAUGUACCGUUCACGUGAGGGUCAAGGACAUGGUUGUAAAUAAAAGCAUCAACUUCCUGUUUGAUGAUAACAGUGCUCUCUAGAGGCGGGCCACUGCAUCACUUGGAUGUCAUUUGUGCAACAUGUUGAUGUCACGUGACAUACAAAGGCAGGAACACGUGCAAUGGUGUCAAUCAGGAAGUAAAACCAAGUGCCAUCCAAACAUUUUAAUCAUCUAGUAACGUUGGAAUGGUGGAAGACAAACAGGAAGAUUAAAGUGCACAACGAGUUUUCCUUCUUGACAUAAAACUGCAACACAACUCUGUAAAAAUUGCACAUUUAAGAAACAUUGAAAUAAAGUCAGCACUGGUUAGCUACGUGAUAAAAGUAUGAGUAUGACUCACUGAUUAGCUUAGCAUCACUAAACUCCUGCCUAACACAUGUGGUGCUAAGCUAGGCUAGCCAAGGUCAAAAACACAAGUUAUUUCAAAUACUUGAAUGAGACGCAACAAACAUGCACCUGCCGCCGGUAGGCUGAUUAUUUGGCCUUCGCGGAGCGAAGACACCUCCGAAUGAUCGCAUGGUCGCCUUCCUUCUCCUCCGUCACACUACUGACAAUCUACAACAGAAAAAACAAGUGUCACUCAACUGACACCACUGUGUGUGUUGCCAUGGCAACUAUGACAUUACACUCAGUUGUGUGACCCACCGAGUGUGCGGGUAUGUCCAUGGGGGAGGAGAUUUCUGGCCGGAAUAGUUUUCUCUUGUUCUUCUUCUUGACUCUCAGGCUGAUGGAGGAAGAGGAGGAGGAAGGGGAAGUGGUGGUUGAGGAGGACGAGGUGAAGUCCACGUCGCUCCUGCCGCUCACCAGACUCAUCAUCUUCUUGGCUUGUUUAAGGAUCAACAAAAUAAUGAUUAUAGUUUUUACAAUUGUGUGCAUCAGUUAUUGUCAUUCUGGUCACUAUCAUAGUUAAUAAUUCCAUUACUACUAUUACUACUAUUAUGUAUGACUGUUUCAAUGCAGUAUUAUCAUUGUGGUUGUUGAUAUUAUUUUGUCCUUUAAGUCAGGGUCUUCAUAGCCAUCACAGACAUUUGCUGAUGUAGUCCUGUUUGUUUCUGCUGUUUUGUUAUUGUUGUCACAAUUGUUGUUGUUGUUGUCCUUGUCUGUCUUUUUUGUUCCCCUCUUAUCCCCUUUCGGUUUUCUUUUCUCUUCUUCUCUAUCCCCUUCUGCUCCGAUCAGGCCACUCCAAAUUUGCAUAACAGCAAAACAUCAAAGUCAAAUCAAUUAUGUAUAACAGGGGAAGUGUAUCUCACACUUUUCCCUAUCUGCCCUAAUGGCUGGACAGGACAAAAAAAAAAAAGAUCAACAAAAUAAAAGUCUAGUAGGAAGGUGUGCUUCACUGCUGUUUACGGUAUUGAUUGGUAAAACAUAAUAAAUAUUAUUAGAUGUUUGAUAGUGUUUUGACAUGACAUGAAAUGUGCAAGCUCAGAUUGUGACAACUUGCCCGCGAGCGUACGAGCAGGAAGAAGAAGGGGAAGAGGAGGGGUCAGUGGUGGAGGAAGGCCAUGAAGAGUGAACGAAAAGUGAAGGACAGAGGUGGACAUGAAGGAUGGA